UUAGAUAAUUGCCAGCUUAGUAGGAGCAACGAAUUGAAUCUAUCGAUGAUUUGCCGCAAUGUAUUGCAAAUCGCUUGCGAUUAUCAGUGACGUUUAAUACUGUUUAUCGAGGGUAUAAUUAUAGGGAAGUAUAGAAAUUGCCUACAGUAUUCUAGUAACACUAUCACAGUGUAAACAACUUCGGAUAUGAAUAAUAGUUGAAAUAUUUAUUAUAAUUGGGAGACUGUUUAUAUUUGAGAUGUGUAAUCUGCCAGUUUUGACUAAAUGUUGUUGUUGUAUGCCAUUAAGGAAAGGAUUGAUUGCCUGGGGAUAUUGCAGAAUGAUAAUUACAGCUGCGUAUUUACUGGUAAUCGUCCAUGAAGUCGGCACACAGAUGACACAGUUCAGUGCGAAAGGACUCGCCAUAGUCCUCGCCCUGCUAAGCUUCCUUGUGACCAACAUGGUUUUCACUAUCACAUUCGUCAUUGGAGCGCAUAAGAAAAACUACAAGCUGCUGCGGUUAUACUACUCCUUCAGCAUAUUCGCUCUGGUCGUCGUUAUCAUGGGCUACUUCAUAUUCAUUACUCUGCAAGUUGCGUUGACCUUGCAGGACGAAGAGAAAUACAUCCUCGGCUUCCCGUUAAUAGCUGUCAAUAUAUCUACAGUCACCAGUAUAUUUCUCGACCUGUACUUCCUCAUACUCAUAAAAAUCGAGAUUUUAAGGCAACGAAACCAGACAGCCUAUUACGUGAACGGGGCACGUAGAGAAACCAGCUUUGUCCUUGACGUUUCUAUGGCGAAGGAACAGGACAGAAGAUGUACCACAAGCUACUCUGACUCGGAUUCUGAUGAAGAUGCGGUUCAGAAGAAGCGAAUGUUUCCCGUUCAUGAAUUGGAGAUAUUGAAGAAAGAUUUAGAGAAUAAAAGGAUAUAAAAUAUUCUAUCUACA